AUGUAAUAUUUAAAUUUGUUCAUACAACCAAUAUCAAGCGCAGUAGUAUUUCCAUACUCUAGUUUGUAACUCCAUAAUGUGGAUUGCUAUAAUCAAUCAGUACAUUCUCAAUAUAUCGGAUUGGUUUCAUAAAUCGAUGACAACCAGUCUGAUGUUCAAACUAUAUAACAAUAUAGUUAAUAUGGCACACUUGUGCAUAUAGCAAAAGAGCAAGAUGAUACUUCACACUCUUACAAAGCUUUUGCAUUUGCUAGAUUUCGAAUUAAUUCGUUUUGCCAACUUACUCCAUUUUUAGUAGCAAAUGUCGAAAUAUUGAAUGAUGAUAUCCAAAAUUACGAUACAGAAAUUCUUGGUGUAUUUAAAGAUGCUAUAAAAGUAGAAUACUAUAAUAUUUUAGAUCUAUAUGGAAAACUUUUCACUUCUACCAAAUGCUCUUUUAAAAUAGAAAAUAGAUGAAGAAGACAACAUAGUGAAAUUAUAUUAUUAAGUUUCAAACAAAAUCUAAAUUCCAUUCAACCAAAAAAUUAGAUUAUUAUAAAUGAAUGAUAAUAAUGAAAGAAUAUCAACAUUGAUAUAAUAUUUGAAUCAUAAAAUGAUAUAAUACACUACAAAUAAUGAAUUAGAACAAAAACUUAAGCAGGAACUAAUUUCUGAAAUGUAAAACAAUGGAGAUAAUUUGAUUAAUUAAACUCAAUAAAUUGUUCCAUAAAUCCAAGAAUUAGAACUGGAUUAUUAAAAAUAAUAUGUUGAAUCUUUACCAUGGGGAAUCUUGCAUCCAGAAACUGUGAGCAUAUCUCAAUGUAAAGAGAAAUUAGAUAAGAAACAUUAUGGUUUGGACAUGGCUAAAUAGCGUAUUCUAUAAUAUUUGGCAAUUAAAUAUUUAACAAAAUCUACUGGAUCCAUAAUUUGUUUACAUGGUCAUCCAGGAGUGGGUAAGACAUCAUUAGCUUAAAGUAUAGCUGAAUCUCUUGGAAGACCAUUUUAAAAGAUAUCAUUAGGUGGAGUUUCAGAUGAAGCUCAAAUAAGAGGUCAUAGAAAGACUUAUGUUGGAGCAUAGGCAGGUAUGAUUAUGGAAGCAAUAAAGAAAGCAAAAUGUAUUAAUCCAGUCAUCUUACUUGAUGAAAUAGAUAAGAUUAAUCAAUAUACAGUUGGAUCAGCAUUAUUAGAAGUUUUAGAUCCAGAAUAAAAUAAAUCAUUUAUGGAUAAUUAUGUAAAUGAAGAAUUCAAUUUGAGUUAAGUUUUAUUCAUUUCAACAGCCAAUUAUAUUGAAUCUAUAUAACCAGCAUUAAGAGACAGAUUGGAAAUGAUAGAAAUUCCAUCCUAUACUAUUGAUGAAAAGGAGAAGAUUGCAAUUUAACAUUUAAUUCCAAAAUAAAUGGAACUUAAUGGAAUAGAUAAGAAGGUAGAUUUUAGUAAAGAUGUUGUCAGAUAUCUAAUUACAAAUUAUACAAAUGAAAGUGGAGUUAGAUAAUUAGAAAGAUAAAUCAAUUCUAUUUUUAGAACAAUUGCACUUUAAUAAGUAAGAGGAAAGAAGAAGGGAUCAUAUAAUAUUAAUAAGGGAUUCAUCAAUUAAUGUUUGGGGGAAUCCACAAUAGGUUACAAGAAUAUCAGAUUAUAGAGUAUUGGAAUGUGUAAAGGGUUGAAUGAUGGAAUGAAUAUUUUAGAAGUCAUUAAAACAAAGGGAUAAGGCAAUUUAUUCUAGUAAUCUAAAGAUUAAUAUAUUGUUGAAUAAGGAAUAACUGCCUUAUCUUAUUUAAGGAAUUGUUUUAAAUACAUUUAAUUUUAGAAUUGGGACAUUAAUGUUGCAAAUUAAAAUUGUUUGGGUGUUUGUGUUGUUGUUGCAAUGGUGUCACUAUUUAUGAAUAAGAAAGUGAAAUCAAAUGUUACCUUUGCAGGAGAAUUAAGUUUAAAAGGAUCUAUUUUAAGAUAAGACAAUUUAAGAGAAAGUAUUAUUUAGGCAGCUGAAUCUGGAAUUGAUAUGUAAGAUUAUGAUUUAAUUUAAAAGUAUCAUUAUUCCAUCCUAGAAUGUGGGUGACAUUUAGAACUUAGAACCUUCAAUAAAAAAGAGAAUAAGAUUAGUUGAUCAUAUUGAGGAAGUUUUUUAGAUAGCAUUUGAAGAUGGAUUUACUUACUACCACUACCCUAAUUUAUGA